UGAUACUGUGUUCAUUGCACUCUGUAUAUAUGCUCAUAUUUUAAUCACAGGUCUAUUCAUUAUGGAUCCGGGACCGGAGAAUCCCGACGUUUUGUACCUUCAGGCGAGUCAUUGUUCAGACCAUAUUGGUUCGGGAGAGUUCAAGUGGAGACCCUAUACACCGCCGGAGCUCGAUAUACAUUCUCUUGCACCUAUCUGUCGAGAUAGUCCCGACUUGUGGAGAGCCAGAGUUCCAUUGAUCUGUUGGGAGAUCGUAGAGAUGCAUGUACCGGACCGUGUGCUACGGCAGUUUACACUCUCUCAGCAUAUUCCAGAUCCUGUCGAGCAGAUCAAUCGUCGGCGGCGCCCUACAUCGCACCGGACUGACUGGGCCGUAGUCCGUGCGGACUACAUAGGCAGGUGGGUUCAGAGGUGGGAUUGCAUACAGGAUACGAGGCCCACAGCUGUUGACUAUACCACGUAUAUGCGUUGGUAUUGGGGUAUCACACGUAGAUGGAUCACGCGUGACCCACAGCCUUUAGCUGGACACAUGCCACGCCCACCGACAGAUAGUUACAUCCCUAGUGGGAUGAACGAGAGAGAUUACGUCCGUGUUUUAGAUAGCAUUGAUGCUGAUAUUGAUGCGCACGUGACUGAGAUUCAGGAUCAGGUGGCGUUAGGUCUCCUCAGCAGGAUCAAGAAGAGCAUAGCGCAGGUGUUCCAUAAGACUCACGUCGACGAGUUCGCAGGCCGUGAGGACAGGUCUCGCUCAUUUGGACGGGCGUACGCUCGACGUCGACGGCCGCGUGAUGAUGACGCCGGCACUUCGCAUGCCGAUGGAGCCGGCACUUCGCAUGCCGAAGCACGCAACUUCGCCGAUAGUCGAGGUGGAGCCGGCACUUCGCAGGCUUCAUAG